CUUCCCAGGGUUUCCAUUUCUUCCACAGAAGGCACUCAUCCUUUCUUAUCUCCUUUUGGGUACUCUCUGCUCUCAUGCUCCUUUCAUAAAGUUUUCUCAUCUCUUAACCAAGACUGGUAAGAGAGAGAGAGAGAGAGAGAGAGAGAGAGAGAGAGAGAGAGAGGGGGGGUUUAUUAUUGAGAGUGUGUGAGUGUGUUAAAAAUGGGAAGGGGGAGGGUGGAGCUGAAGAGGAUAGAGAACAAAAUCAACAGGCAAGUGACCUUUGCCAAGAGGAGGAAUGGGAUCCUCAAGAAGGCUUAUGAGCUCUCGGUCCUCUGUGAUGCCGAGGUCGCUCUCAUCAUCUUCUCCAGCCGUGGCAAGCUCUAUGAGUUCUGCAGCAGCUCUAGCAUGAUGAAAACACUUGAAAGGUACCAAAAGUGCAGCUAUGGUGCACAACUCAACACAAGCCGCUCAAUCGAUGAGACACAGAGCAGCUACCAGGAAUACUUAGGGCUAAAAGCAAGAGUUGAGGUCCUCCAGCGAUCUCAAAGGAACCUGCUUGGGGAAGAUUUGGGUUCACUAGACAGUAAAGAGCUUGAGCAUCUGGAGCUUCAGCUGGAGAGUUCAUUGAAGCACAUCCGGUCGACAAAGACCCAGUUCAUGCUCGAUCAACUCGCCAAUCUCCAGAACAGGGAGCACAUGCUACUAGAGACCAACAAAGUCCUUAAGAGGAAGCUGGAAGAAGCGGGUCCGCAAAUUCCCUUUCAACUUGCCUGGGAAGUAGCAGGUCCCGGCGGCAGCGGUGGCGGCAUUCCAUGUAGCCUCUUUCCUCCUCAACCGGAAGGGUUCUUCCACCCAAUGGACAGCAACCUGUCGCUGCAAAUUGGAUACAAUCCGGCAUGUCUGGACGAGAUGAAUGCUAUGGUUUCAAGCCAAAACGGCGCCGGAUUCAUUCCGGGAUGGAUGGUUUGAACUUGCUGCAUAAACCUGGAGUCUGAAUCAAGCUGGUGAUUUUGUGCAUGUGUACUUUGUAGUUUGUCAUUCGCAAGACAAUAAGUACGUAUUUUUCGGCGCUGUUGAUGACAUAAAAAGAGGAAGGCCACACUUUCCUCUCUGAUGAUCAGGACUUUGAUAAUGUUUGUGUAGCCUGUAAUCGAAACAAGGUAAGCAUUUGUAAUUCUUUUCGAACCCGCUGCCUGCAAUAUCGAGCUGCAUAACUUUCUGUUA